ACUUUCUUGACGUCCAGCUCCCGAAUCGAAGCCGGAAGCCAGAGCAGAGCCACGGCCCGCCCUGGAGGAAGUCGCGCUCUCGGCCAAUAGACGCCUGGCUCUGAAAACGAGCCUCCCAUUCCACCUACCGUGAGACAGCGGGAGCCGAGGCGAACUAUCGCGAUGUUUCGUCCUCCGGGCCACUUCUCCCCCGACCCUUACUCCCGUUAGUUAGGCCCGCCCCGCCGCAAGCCCCGCCCUCUCAGCCCCGCCCUCCCUCUAUCCCUGGACUGCCUGCCGGCGCAGCCCGGGCCACCACCGAGCGCUGGUCAGCGGGCGCCGAGAAAUGGACCAAUUUUGACAAGAUGUAGAGCUGCAGCGUGCCUGAUCAGACAUGUUCAGUCAUGGCAUCCGAACUUUGUAAGACGAUCUCUGUGGCCAGGCUUGAGAAGCACAAGAAUUUGUUCUUAAAUUACAGGAAUCUGCACCAUUUCCCGCUGGAGUUACUGAAAGAUGAAGGGCUGCAACAUCUGGAGAGGCUCUACAUGAAAAGGAACUCACUCACAACCUUGCCAGAAAACCUUGCUCAGAAGCUUCCAAACCUUGUGGAACUGUACCUUCACUCAAAUAACAUAGUUGUGGUUCCAGAAGCCAUUGGGUCCCUUGUCAAACUCCAGUGUCUGGACCUUAGUGACAAUGCCUUAGAGAUUGUGUGCCCGGAAAUUGGUCGUCUGAGAGCAUUACGUCAUCUUCGAUUAGCUAACAACCAACUACAAUUCCUACCUCCAGAGGUUGGCGAUUUGAAGGAGCUGCAGACACUAGACAUUUCUACCAAUCGUUUGCUAGCUUUGCCCGAGAGGCUUCACCUGUGCCUUUCUCUGCAGUACCUCACCGUGGACCGCAAUCGGCUGUGGUGUGUGCCGCGCCAGCUCUGCCGGCUGCCCAGCCUCAACGAGCUCUCCAUGGCUGGAAACCGUCUUGCAUUCUUGCCGCUUGAUUUAGGUCGCUCUCGAGAACUGCAGUACGUGUAUGUGGACAACAACAUCCACCUGAAAGGCCUGCCGUCUUAUCUCUACAACAAGGUCAUCGGCUGCAGUGGCUGUGGCGUUACCAUCCAGGUGUCUGAGGUGAAGCUGCUAUCCUUUUCAUCUGGGCAGCUGACCGUCUUCCUCCCAGCUGAGGUGAAGGCCAUCGGUACAGAGAAUGAUCACGUCCUGCCUCUGCAGGAACUGGCCAUGCGGAGUCUCUACCACACCUACCACAGGUUUCCGAAAGGUCUGAACUUUUUAUCUCCAAUAUCAUUACCCAGAAGUCUCCUGGAGCUGCUGCACUGCCCCCUGGGACACUGUCACCGGUGUAGUGAGCCCAUGUUUACCUUCGUCUAUCCCAAGCUCUUCCCCUUGAGAGAGACACCAAUGGCAGGCCUGCACCAGGGGUAAUCAAGUCUAAGUGGGCACUAGGGU